UAAUUUCAAUCUGAUUCCGAAAAAUAUCGAAAUGAUUUUCAAGUGGUCCUUGUUGCUGAUUAGUGUAAUUUGUGUCCAGAAAAUUUCUGGUCAUGGAAUGAUGUUGGAACCCCCCAACAGGAGUUCUCUAUGGAGGUACCCUCAGGAAUUUCCUGGAGCUAUCCCAAAUUACAACGAUAAUGAAAACUUUUGUGGGGGAAUGAGUGUUCAAUGGAACACUUUCGGAGGAAAAUGUGGACUUUGUGGUGACAGAUACGAUAAACCUCAUCCUCAAGACAACGAGAACACUGGAAAAUAUGGCAAAAUGGGAGUCGCAAGAACAUACAAGUCUGGCUCAAUAAUCGAUGUUCAAAUACGUCUCACCACCAAUCAUUUGGGCUAUUUCGAAUACAGUAUUUGCGUAUUGGAAAAUCCAAAUGCUCCAGAGACUGGUGAGGAAUGUUUCAAAGCUGUAACUUUGGACGAUGGAAGGCCACACUACAGUGUUUCACGUGAUGAAAAGAUGAUAAAUCACAAAGUCAAGUUACCCGAUGGUUUGACUUGUGAUCGUUGCGUGUUUAGAUGGCACUACAACACAGGAAAUAAUUGGGGAAAAUGUGAAGAUGGUACAUCCAAAGAAGGCUGUGGUCCACAAGAAACUUUCAGAGCUUGCGCUGAUAUACGAAUCGAAGCAUAGACAUGUAAAAUUGUGUAUUAUUGUAUUGAGUGUAAAAUCAAUAAAGAAUUCCCAUUUUCAA